CUUCUUUUUUUUUUUUUAUUAUCCUCUCUUUUAUUCAUUGAUAAUUAUCAAAGAAAGAUAUCUAUAUAUAUAUAUAUUAAAUAUAUAUAUAUUUAGAAAUAAUGACUGCAGUGACUUCUCCUACUUAUACUCCACCUAUGCCUUCAUCAUCACAGAACACUACUAGUCGUAAGGAUCAAGUCAUCACACAGAAUUCGUUGAAUAUACCUUCACCUACUCCUAUGGAAGAUAAUAAAACUAUGCAUCGUAGUCAUUCAACACGAAGAUCCGAUUCUCUUCAUCGUAAAGCAAGUAAUAUUAGUAGUAAUAGUACUCAAAAUACAUCAUCAUCAAAAGUUCAGGAACUACAACGACGGUCUUCUGAACCAAGAAAACAAGCAGUUAGAAUUCAAAAUUAUGUCAUUUAUCGAAAAACCAUUGGACAAGGUAGUAUGGGCAAAGUCAAAUUAGCUGAAUGUUUGACAGAUAGAAAUCAACAAAAGUAUGCAGUGAAAAUUAUGCCCAAGGUGGAUCUAAACAACGUUCUUGUGACCAACGAAAAACCAAAGGAUCCAAAAGAUACCCCGAAGGAACGUGAACAACGCACGGUACGAGAAUUGGCUAUUAUGUAUUUAUUACGACAUCCGAAUAUCUGUCAACUCAAGGAUUGGAUCACCGAAGGAGAUUAUUAUUACAUGUUUUUGGAAUAUGUGGAUGGUGGACAACUCUUGGAUUAUAUCAUACGUCAUGGCAAAUUACGUGAAAAACAAGCUAGAAAGUUUGCUCGUCAAAUCGCAAGUGCUUUAGAUUAUUGCCACAGAAAUUCUAUUGUUCACAGAGAUUUGAAAAUUGAAAAUAUUCUGAUCACUAAGGAUGAAAAUAUCAAGAUCAUUGACUUUGGUUUAUCAAAUAUUUACUCACCAUCAAAAUUACUCUCUACUUUUUGUGGAUCACUCUAUUUUGCUGCUCCAGAAUUACUCAAGGCAAGACAUUAUACUGGUCCUGAAGUCGACGUAUGGAGUUUUGGUGUUGUUAUCUAUGUUCUGGUAUGUGGUCGCGUUCCCUUUGAUGAUACAAGUUUACCAGCUCUUCAUGCCAAAAUCAAAUCUGGUAUUGUUGAUGAAUACCCUGAUCAUCUCAGCAAAGAUUGUGUUGAUUUGUUAUCCAAGAUACUGGUAGUAGAUCCCAAGAAACGUUUGACAUUAUCCGCUGUUGAAAAUCACCCAUGGAUGAAAAAAGGAUAUGAAGAACCUAUUUACAGCAAUAUACCCCAACGACAAGUAUUAGAAACUGUGGAUAUGGAUAUUGUUAGAGGAAUGCAUGGAUUUAGUCUUGGUGAUGAACAAUUGAUACGAUCGAAAUUAGAACGACUCAUCAAAACUCAAGAAUAUAGAGAAGCAGUUAGCAAAAUUGAACAAAAUCAACAAUUGGAAUGGCAACGACAAAACCAGACACCAAUACCUCGUUGGCGACGAAGCAUCACUCCUAUUGGUAGGAAAUCUGGGCAAACUGAUGAUGAUCCUUUAUCUCUACCAGCUAUGUAUGAUCCGCUACUCUCUAUUUAUUAUUUGGUCAAGGAACGAAAGGAAUACGACACUAGAAGGCAGUUGGAUAUGGUGGAAAAUAAACCUCUUUACCACUCAGCGGGUGGACUCAGCAGAUCAACAAGUACAGUGGCUACUAGACCCAAGGCUGUUAGUGCUAUUGAUGGCAACGCAAGUACGACUCUGGUACGACGAAAAACCGACGGAUCCCGUAGCUCACCUCGUGUUGCUCAAACCUCCGGUGACCCAAUCGCUCUCGAUCCUGAUCUUACGACAUCCACUCAUCAGCGUAAAGCAUCAACAAGUAGUCGUCUCGGCCGUAAUAGUAGUGUACGCUUAUUGACCAGAUCAGUCACUGAACGCACCAACAGUAUCCGUGAAAAAAGCAAAAGUGCUGUCAAGAUUCUUGGUUCCAUGUUACCCAAUCGUCCUUUGAUGUUUUCUGAUGUGAAACCCAAACCAGCAUCCACCUUGACUACCAAUGCUUCAGAUGUAGGUCCAACUACUCCCGAUUUACCAUCUCCCUCUUCAUCCUCUCGGUCUACACCACCCAAAAAAUCAUAUCAACAGUGGUUACAUUCUGAUCCUCAUGCUGAUUAUCCAACCAACAAUAACAAGAAGAAGAACAUGGAAAACAACAAAUCUUCUUCUCCUCCAUCAGUUCCCAAACAUUAUCAACAAACCCGUCGUUCAUGGCGUCAAUUAUCUCUUAUUCGACAAGGAGGAAACAAUCAUCCAUCUAUGGAUCAAGCGACUUUGACUGAAUCGGUAUCAACAAAUGAACUUGUAUCAUCUGUUCAACCAAAUAGAUUUUCUGAAAGUGAUAAAGAUCGCCUCAGUAAUAUUCAAGACACCAAUGAUACACCAAUGAUCAAAUUCCAUUUCAAUCGAGGCACUCUCUUUCGUAGUGAAUCAGCACGACAACUCAUGGCGGAUUUACGGCAUGUACUUGUGGGAAUGAACAUUAUGGUACAAGACGAGGUGUCGCCAUUCAAAUACAUAUGUCAAUGUCACUAUCCAGAAUGGACGAAAUUCAUGAAACAACAACAACAGCAUUUGGACUUAUCAUCUCGUGUGGACAGUCGAUGGGAUGAAUCCUUGGAUGAUCGACAACAACCUCUUCUUUUUACCGUCAUGAUCUAUCAAGCACGUUGGGCUCAUGGUCGAUAUGGGAUCAAGGUCAAGGAAAACAACAUACCUCAAAAGGAUGAAUCUACUGUGGAUACUGGCUUCCCUUCUCGUAUUUAUAGAACCGUACAACAAACUUUGGAUACAGAAUUGGAUCAUUGGAUUCGUACUCGAAAGUUAUCAUUAGCCAUGGCUUCCUAGGAAUUGAUUGACACUCCUUUAUAUAUGCUCUUAUUUAUUACUAGUAUACUUUAUUUUUAUUUACCAUUAUUACUAUUAUUAUUAUUAUAUUAUUAUUAUUAUUAUCUUUAUUAUUUAUAUUACUUCUAUUUAUCUUAUUGUUG